AUGAGUGAAUCAGGAAACAUUCCGAAAAACGAAUUAAUGGAUCUUCCAGAGGAAAUCCUUCUUUAUAUUUUGAAAUUCGUAAACAUAUCAUCACGUUACAAUGUUUCGCAAGUUUGUAAAAAAUUCUAUGAACUGGUAUGUACAUUGGAACGAGACUGUCUGCCAGUAGAACUUUCAUAUGAACAGAUUUGUGACGGAAAUAUUUACAAUUCCAUCAUUAAUACAUCUCGAAUGUUCACUGAUUUGACAAUAAUUAUUUCUGUUGAUGUUGUAUCAAACAUAGAUCGCAUCCUAAACAUAUUGAUGAAAUUUGGAGGCAGAAUUGAAAAAUUUACAUUCUCAAUCAAGCCAAAAGUUUUAGAGUCACAAUUGGCUAAAAUGUUAAAUUACAUUCCCAAUGUUGAAAAGUUGACUUUUGAAGAUAUUUGUAUAGAACAUGAUGUGAAUUGGAGUGAUGAGCUUCAUUUAUAUAAACUUAAGAAGCUAGCAAUAGAAUCAGUCAAUGAUUAUCCCAUAAUGUUCAACCAGGUACCAAAAGAUGUAAUAACAGAUAUGUUCAUUGACUUCUCAUUCCAUGAAAAUGAAAAGAACUUCCAGCAAUUUCUCAAUCGACAAACGCAAAUAACAAAACUCGUGUUAGACAUUUAUUGCGAAACUAGCUUAUCAAUAGUGAAGAACUUUUCUAAACUAGAACAUUUGUAUAUAAACUUUAAUGAAGAAUAUGAGAUGCAUAUUGCAAAGAUGAUACGACAAAACCCAAAGCUUCGCUCUCUGAAUUUGAACAUCAUUUUUAAUGAUAAUGAUGAUGAUUCUACUGGAAAUGAAAUUUUUACAUCAAUUUGCGAGUUAAAAUAUCUUGAAUCACUUGACAUAAGCAUUGAUAACAUAUCUGUGGAUGUUUUUAAAUCACUCACAAAAAUCAAUAAUCUAAGAGAACUUCAUUUGAAUUAUAAAUAUGAUGACGACCAAAUGGAUAGCAUUAUUUUCGAGCUAAGUAUGAUGAAAUUGUUACAGAUUGAAACGUUAUCAAUUAAAACCAGUGAACCAGAUGAACUCUUUUACACAACAAUUCCUCGAGAAGUUAUUUUUCAAUUUAGUCAAAACUUUCAAAAUUUAAAACAUUUGAGUUUCGAGAAUGAUUCACUUAAUAUCAUCGGCACUGUUUUAAAGUAUUUUAUCAAACUUGAAACGUUUGAAUUCGAAUGCAAUAGUUUGGAUAAUGAUGAUCAAGAUAUUUUUGUCAUCGAUGAAGAUUUAAAGCAUGAAAAUCUAAAGGAAUUCACAGUUAAUCACAUUGCAAGCAAAAACACGAAUUCAAUCCUAAAUGCUAUCAGUGCUUGCCCUAAUCUGGAACUAAUUGAAAUAUUUGAUAUAUGUGAGAUUACUCAUGAAGAAUUCCAGCAAAUUGUGGAUGAUCAUCCCAAGCUAAAAUGUUUAAGAGUUGAAAUGGACGAAUUCAACUUUCAAUAUAAAACGGCUGAACUUAUUCAAUCUGCUGCUAGAAGACUUCAAAUGAUUUCGCUAUCUGGACUCAGCCCAUUUUUAUCGUUUGAAACUAUAAAGGAACGCUUUAAGGAGGAAUUUUCUUGUAUCAAACAGAACUUUAAUGAAACAAAAACCGCAUUCACACUUAAGAUGAAGAAACGAGGUCCAUAUUUUUAG